GACACGGCUGGCCAGGAGCGGUACCGCACCAUCACCACGGCCUACUACAGAGGGGCCAUGGGGUUUUUGUUAAUGUACGACAUCACUAACGAGGAGUCUUUCAACGCCGUACAGGACUGGUGCACUCAGAUCAAGACCUACUCGUGGGACAACGCCCAGGUGGUCCUGGUGGGCAACAAGUGUGACCUGGAGGACGAGAGGGUCGUCUCCACCGAGCGGGGGAAACAACUGGCCGAUCAGCUGGGUCUUGAGUUCUUCGAGACCUCAGCCAAAGAGAACAUCAACGUGAAGGCGGUGUUCGAGCGUCUGGUGGACAUCAUCUGUGACAAGAUGUCAGAGAGCCUGGACGCCGACCCGACCCUGGUCAACAACACGACCAAGUCGACGCGGCUCACCGAGAACCCCAACAUGAACAGCUCUGGCUGCUCCUGCUGAUGCUCCGCCCCGCCCCCCACCGCCCCCACCCCCUUUCAUCUACCGAUGAUGAUGAUGAUGAUGAGGAGGAUGAUGCUGCUGCUGCCACUUAGGGAGCACACAGACACACACACAAGCGGGGAGGGUCGUUUCGUUUAUUUUUUGGGAGGGAGGGAUAUGU